UUUUGCAGACGAUUGAAGAUCUGCAGGAUCAGAACCAGGACUAGGAUUCGGAGAUGGACCGGGACCAGGAGUCCAGCAUCAGGACCAGAGCGGGAUCUUCCUCUGGUCUGCAGAAACAUAAAGGCAAAGAGAGACCCACAAGUUUUCGUUGUGAUCACUGCAAGAAAGUCUUCACCACUUCAUCACGUCUGAGAAAACAUAAGAUGAUUCACACUGGAGAUAAACCGUUCAGGUGUGAUCAGUGUGGAGCAGCUUUUAGCACAUCUGGUAAUCUAAAGAUUCACCAACGUAUUCACACUGGAGAUAAACCGUUCAGUUGUGAUCAGUGUGGAGCAGCUUUUACCCAACAAAGUAAUCUAAAGAUUCACCAACGUAUUCACACUGGAGAUAAACCGUUUAGGUGUGAUCAGUGUGGAGCAGCUUUUACCCAACAAGGUAGUCUAAGGACUCACCAACGUAUUCACACUGGAGAAAAACCGUUCAGAUGUGAUCAGUGUGGAGCAGCUUUUACCACAUCAGGUAGUCUAAUGACUCACCAACGUGUUCACACUGGAGAAAAACCGUUUAGGUGUGAUCAGUGUGGAGCAGCUUUUACCACAUCAGGUAUUCUAAGGACUCACCAACGUAUUCACACUGGAGAAAAACCGUUUAGGUGUGAUCAGUGUGGAGCAUCUUUUACCACAUCAGGUAGUCUAAUGACUCACCAACGUGUUCACACUGGAGAAAAACCGUUUAGGUGUGAUCAGUGUGGAGCAGCUUUUACCACAUCAGGUAGUCUAAUGACUCACCAACGUGUUCACACUGGAGAAAAAACGUUCAGAUGUGAACAGUGUGGAGCAGCUUUUACUCUGUCAGGUAAUCUAAGGGCUCACCAACGUAUUCACACUGGAGAUAAACCGUUUAGGUGUGAUCAGUGUGGAGCAGCUUUUACCCGACAAAGUCAUCUAAAGAUUCACCAACGUAUUCACACUGGAGAUAAACCGUUUAGGUGUGAUCAGUGUGGAGCAGCUUUUACCCAACAAAGUCAUCUAAGGACUCACCAACGUAUUCACACUGGAGAUAAACCGUUUAGGUGUGAUCAGUGUGGAGCAGCUUUUACCACAUCAAGUGAUCUAAGGACUCACCAACGUAUUCACACUGGAGAUAAACCGUUUAGGUGUGAUCAGUGUGGAGCAGCUUUUACCCAACGAGGUAAUCUAAGGACUCACCAAUGUGUUCACACUGGAGAAAAACCGUUCAGAUGUGAACAGUGUGAGGCAGCUUUUACCACAUCAAUUCAGCUAAAGAAGCACCAAUGUACUCACACGAGUGAUAAACUCUAAAGAUGUGAUCAGUAUGAAGUGUGUA